GACUCGUAGUUCAGCGUGUCGACACCAGAGCCAAUAAUAAUCAAAGAAAGAAUAAGAAGGGAGAGAUCGAAUGAGGCGCGACGCCGCCACCGUCGACGUAGUUAGUUGUAAGAAGAAGAGAGAUUGACGCGUUUUCUCCCUCGAGAGCGACGUUAUUUUCUGUGUGCGCGGUGGCGGCGGCGCCUGGAGAGUUGCGGUAGAUCUGCCUGUCUCUCUACUGCUACUGUCGCAUUAUCGAACGACAACGACGCAAUGCUCGUGGCUCUUGUAACGAACACUAUGUUAUAAAGAAAAUUGAUUAAUAAGACGCUCAGCUUGUUGGCGGGCGUGAAGCGCUAAGCAACCAUCCAGGUAGAUCAGUCUUUGUUUAAAGACUGAGACAACCAAGUGUCAACCACGGGCACCAACGACAACAGUAGCAGUAGUGGUAGUAGUGGCGCUAGCCGGAGCAGAGGCGGCAUGACUCGACCACCCAACAAUGACAACCUUAUGACCUUUAAAUUGGUUGUCGUCGGUGAUGGUGGUGUCGGCAAGAGUGCCCUCACCAUACAGUUCUUCCAGAAACUGUUUGUCACCGAUUACGAUCCCACCAUCGAAGACAGCUACAUCCAGCACACCGAGGUUGACAAACAGUGGUGCAUCUUAGAUGUACUGGACACCGCAGGUCAAGAGGAGUUUAGUGCUAUGAGAGAACAAUACAUGCGUAAGGGUGAUGGAUUCCUAUUAGUAUACUCAGUAACAGACAAGCAGUCCUACGAAAAUAUCGUCAAUUUUUAUACGCAAAUCUUACGAGUCAAGGAUCGAGAUAUAUAUCCGAUGCUCUUGGUUGCCAACAAAGUUGACUUGGUACAUUUGAGAAAAGUCACCGAGGAGCAAGGUAGAGAGUUAGCACAUCGACUAGGUAUUCCUUACAUCGAAACUUCAGCGAAAGAUCCCCCUUUAAAUGUUGAUGCUGCGUUUCACGAGGUUGUUCGCAUCAUAAGAAAUCAGCCACCAGCUGAACUUGAGAAAAAUCGUCGAAAGCGUCGGCGAACUGGAAAGUGCUCUAUUUUAUAAUUUUCUCUUUUUUUAUGAGAAAAAUUUGCUAAAAUUUAAAUUUACAAACUUAACAUGCAACGAUAAAAUCGUUAGUUGUCUAAAAACUUCAUUCGUGUUUAUUUGACAUUUUUUGAGAUCCAGUCUCAAUUCUAGUCUUCAGUCAUUUACAAACAGGUAAUUUUUCAAGUUCUUCCUUAUAGCCAAUUUUAACGCGCAAAGUCUGAGAGGCGCAAAACUGAAAUGUCACUUAUCUUUUAUUUAAUGAAUAUUAAAAAAGGUAAUAUUUCGUCAAUGUACCCAAUGUACCUGGCACAUAACAUAAAGAAAGGUCGCGCCAAAGGAUAGUAAAUUCCGUUAACUAUGUAAAUUAUUUUAAUGCUAUUGUCAUACAUUUCUAUCUAGUCGGAAGAUUUUUAAUUGAUAUUUUUUAAAAUGUAAUAAUGGACUGCGUUUGUAUAUCUGCCGAUGAUUGAGGAAUUGAUCAUUUUUCUUAUCGAUUAUGCACGAGUCUAAUAAGAAAAAAAUAUCUCAUAAAGCAUGGUCAUGAAAUGACUGUAAUUCUACACGAGUCUUUUAUUAUCAAGUACUCGCUUUACAAAGCAUUGAUAGCAAAGGAUUGUAAAUGACUGUAUAGCAAUCUGAUGAUUUAAGAAAGCUAUCCAACUCACUUAAAUUACUUGAUUAAGUUUAUUUUUAACUUCCAUGCUCAUUUUAUAUUUUAUUUACUGAUCAAAUCGAUUACUUUAAUGCUUGUAGAAAUCUAUUAUGUUAUAUUCAUAAUUACAAAAUGGAUUGGAUAAUGACUACUUGAUUUUUUCGCAUGUUUCACAUUAAGAGACAAGCAUUUAAUGUGAGCAUUAUUUUGAUAUUGAACAGUAGCUUUUGAUAAAUGUGCAUAAAAAAAGUAAAUUAUACAAUGUUAUUAUUCCUCAAAAGAAAAAAUUGAUUAGUUAAAUGCGCUUCGAUUAAACAUGCGAUAAUAACACUAUAUUUUAAAUAUUAAACGUUGUAUUAUAAAAAUUUGAUGAUUGAGAAAUUGUUUCUUGUUAUUUUUGCAAAAUUAUUGUAAAAUUUCUUCCAAUAAAAUUUUUUCAGAAUUCAUUGGUUCAUAAAGAAAAUAGAUUACAAAUUUUUUAAUGAAUACUAUGUAAGAUAAAAUGCCAUGGCCUACAUUAGUACGUAAUUAAGUCAAAUAAUUCAUCCAUGUAUCUUAUGAAAGAUUAACAUUUUCAUGUAAUAAUAGGGUCACUAUUAUAAAAUCCUUGUAUGUAAAGACAUCAACAUUUUUUACUGAGAUUAAAAAUGAAAAGAUAAAAAAUAAACAAGCUGUAAUUGUAAAAGUGUAAAACAAUUGUAAUGGAUAAGGAAAAUUCAUGAUAAAACAAUUAUCUAUACCAAAGCCUGUGAUUUUUUCCAAAGUAUAAAAACAAUAUACAUUCAACUAUUGUGGAAAUUGGUUUAUUGAAGAUAAGCCAAUCGAAAUCGCUAAAGAAACAUAAGAGUAGACUAUUGAAAAUGACGAUUUUCACAUAAAACAAACUCAAAUCGUGCACAAAAGAAACGAAAAAAACAAACAAUGCACAGUUACACAUAUGUCGCCGUCCAAUGUAAUGAGCCAGCCACCCAUUUUCUCGCGUCAGUUUCUUCUUUUUCUUCUUUCAAUGCACGUAUUCGUGUUUAGAAAAGCACAAAAUAGAAAGAGAAACCAAAACAUGAAUCGAAUAUGCUUUGAGUGGUAAAUUCAAAGUGAACUUUCAGACAAAUUUCCAUAUACAAUUACGAUAAACGAAAAAAAAAGUAAAGCUUUGAAGUUUUUAUGAAAGUGAUAGUUUUUGAAAAAUUGUACAUAAACUACGCAAAAUAGUCGAAAAUAAGUUAUCUAGACAAAUAAUAAAUAUUAAAAAAAUUGUACAUUCCAAAAGAAGGAAAGGUAGAACGCAUUGAGAAAAACGAAAAUCACUAUAUUUUCUGAAAUAUUGAAAUUCAUCAUUUAUUCAUGAGUGGCAUUGUAAUGAGAAUAAAAGGGUGAAUGAAAUAGUAUGUCAUGUAAUGUUAAGAUAAUGUGUUAAUAGUCGAAAGACUAGUAACCAAAUGUAAUUGAAAUUUUUUGUUAAUAAAGUGUCUAACUGUGCAGGUCACCGUGUACACAUUACUUGGAUGUAACAUGACAAAUUGUAUAUAAAUAUAAAAGAAUAUAAACGUUAAA